AUGUCUGAGGGCUCAAAGAGUGAUGACUGUGUAACAGCUAAUGGGAGGGUUUACAUUCCUGAAGUAAGAAAUGAGGAAACACCAGCAGUUGGGAUGAAGUUCGACUCGCUUGACCUCGUUUAUAAUUUUUAUAAUAGAUAUGCAUUCUUGGUUGGCUUUGAUUCUACAAAAGUACUCACAAAACAGUUGGGUUCGAUUAAUGUUCCCAUCCAUCAGAAGGUAAGUAUUUUCGAGGUGCAAUCCGGAGGAAUAGAUAAAAUCGGUUUUAUCAAAAAAGAUAGCUACAAUCUUGAAUGUAGUGUGAAUGGGAAGCUGAAGAACCACGAUGUUGAACUAGUGACCGAGUAUUUUAUGGCUGAACAGAAAAAAAAUGAGGCUUUUUAUUUCAAGAUUGAGGGAGAUGGCCAUGACAGGUUUAGUCGAUGUUUUUGGGCAGAUUCAACUUCUAGACGGGCGUACGGGUUUUAUGGAGAUGUUGUUGUAUUCGAUACCACAUUUAACACGAAUCGAUACGACUUGACAUUUGCACCAAUGUUGGGAGUUAAUAACCAUGGUCAGACAAUUGUCUUAGCAUGCGCAUUUUUGAGCAAGGAAACGACUGAGUCGUUUAUUUGGAUGUUUGAGGAGUUUAAGAAAGUCAUGCCAAGUGGCGAACCUAAAAGGAUCAUUACAGAUCAAGAUGCGGCAAUGACCAGAGCAAUUUCAAUAGCCUUCCCGACUACAUUUCAUCGACUUUGCAUAUGGCACAUCUCAUCAAAGUUCUCUAUUAAGUUACCACAUUCUGCUUAUAAGGAGUAUUGGCGUGAAUUUCAGAAAGCCAUAUGGGAUACUGACAAUAAGGAUGAGUUUGAUGCAAAAUGGAAUAUUGUGGUUACAAAGGCUGGUUUGACUGACCAUCCAUGGCUAAGUUCAAUGUUUGAUUUAAGGGAAUCUUGGGUUCCAGCCUACGCACGACACUUUUUUGCUGCUGGAAUGUCAAGCAGCCAAAGAGCGGAAGGUUCUCAUGGUUUCUUCAAGCAAUACAUAUCAAGGAGAAAUUCGUUGAUGAAUUUCAUAAUACGAUUUGAGAAGGCACUUUCUCAUCAACGUCAAAAGAGUUAG